AAUUAUUGUUUUGUUACUUUUAGGUAUACAACUACACCAUAUAAAAAAUAAAAAAAUAUAUCUUUGGAAUAUUUAUGUUCAGAUUGGAAUUAGAGGGUGCAUUAUCACGUUGUUAUAGUAAUUUUUAGCUCCUAACAAGUAUAUUUUUAUAUGUUAACAUGCGGCUACGCGAUGGGAAGCAAUUAAGUGUUGAGCAAGUAGAUGCAGACAGUGAUAAAGUUGUCAACAUAGACGUAAACAAGAAAAUCCAAAACCAAGACAGUAAAGACAAAUAUGCUGACGUGGAAAUGGAAAGUCUUGUUGCUAACUUAGAUGGGGACUACAAUAAUGUGUUCUUGUUGCUCUUGUUGUAUGUAUUGCAAGGAAUCCCCCUUGGUAUGGCAGGUAGCAUACCCAUGAUACUGCAAAAUAAAAAUAUUUCAUACAAACAACAAGCAGUCUUUAGCUUUGUUUACUGGCCGUUUAGUCUGAAGUUGUUAUGGGCACCAGUAGUGGAUGCUGUUUUUUACGAACGUUUUGGAAGAAGAAAAAGCUGGCUAGUUCCAGUUCAAUAUUUGAUAGGGUUAUUUAUGAUUAUGCUUUCUAUGAAAGUUGAUGCAAUUUUAAAUAGUGAUGUUCCAGAUGUACUUUUCUUGACUGUCAUCUUCUUUGCUCUAAACUUUUUGGCUGCUACACAAGACAUAGCAGUUGAUGGAUGGGCAUUGACAAUGUUGGAAAAACGCAAUGUUGGAUAUGCUUCCACUUGUAACAGUGUUGGUCAAACUGCUGGAUACUUUAUUGGAAAUGUUGUAUUAUUAGCUUUCAGCUCUGCAGAUUUUUGCAAUAAAUAUAUUAGAACUGAGCCGCAAGAUUUGGGCAUGAUAACAUUACCAGGUUUCUUGUUUUUUUGGGGAGUUGUUUUUCUUUCGACUACCACACUGGUGUGGAUUUUCAAACAUGAGAAAAUAGACGCUGAUGUUGAAGAUCAUGGUGUGAUUGGAACUUAUCUUAUGUUGUUAAAAAUUGUUAAGCUACCUGCAGUUCAAGAGCUAAUUGUGGUUUUAUUGACUGUCAAAAUUGGAUUUUCUGCUGCUGAUGCAGUUACCGGUUUAAAACUGAUUGAAGCAGGUGUCAAAAAAGAAACAUUGGCAUUGUUAGCUGUUCCUCUGGUUCCAUUGCAAAUUUUGCUACCCUUGGUUAUAAGCAAAUUUACUGCUGGUCCAAGACCACUUGAUGUGUUUAAAAGAGCAGUUCCGUUUCGACUAUUUAUGGGUGGCAUAUUUGCUUUGGUUGUUUACUGGACUAAUCAUAUUCGUCCUGAAGGAGGGCAAGAAUUACCCUAUUACUACUUUGCGGUGAUUUUGUUUAUCUAUGGACUACAUCAGAUUUCUCUAUACACGAUGGGUGUUAGCCUGACAAGCUUUCACAACAAAGUGAGUGUUGCUGAGUAUAGAAUUGGUGGAACAUACAUGACAAUGCUAAACACGUUUAAUAAUUUGGGUGGCAGAUGGGUCCAAUUUGUCGUACUUUACUUUGUCGAGGGGUUGACAUGGACGCUUUGCCACUCUUCAAAAACAACCCAAACUUGUAAUAAUGCUUCACAGAAACAGGCUUGUACAGCCUCAGGUGGCACAUGUGAGACUGCCAUUGAUGGAUAUUACAUUGAGAGUGGUGUAUGUAUAGUUCUUGGAUUUUUGUGGCUUUUAUGGAGAAGACAUUCACUGACGCGACUUCAAAAUAUGCGAGAAAAAGCCUGGAAAGUAACCUAAAUUAUUUAAAAUGAUAAAUUAUUUCAUGUUGUUCUUUGUAAUUUUAAUAUUACAGUCAGAAAUAUACAUUCUCCAUUA